CGCCCAACCAACCGAGCCACACUGGCCAGGGCUAGAUUUAGAUUUUUAAAAAAUAUCAAAGCUUAUCCAAGAAAAUUGAAACACCAAUGUGGUAGACACAUCAUAUACAUAUUUAUAAUUUUAAAUAAAAUAACAGCUUUGUCACUCAAUUUUAGUGAUUUCCUGUUUCCCAUAGGAUUUCUGACUCUUUUUUCCCCCUUCCUAAAGGUCUUUCGCAUUGUUGGGAGGAAUUAAAGGAGAUAGAAAGAUUCUGAUGUUUCUGUGCAUUUCACUCAUAAUUAUGUUUUUCUUCUAUGUAGGUCUGUUUCCUUUACCUUCCAAUAUUGUUGAAAAGAAGUUUGUUAAAACUUUUCUGGGCAUGGACUGUACUUGGGAGUGAGGGAUGGUGAAAAGAGAACAAUUUAUCUUUAUUACUAUAACAUUUUUUAUAUCAGAGAUUUGUUAGUUCUAUGAAAAAGCCCUUAAAAUGUGUUAUAGACAAAUGAUUCUCCUUGAAGGUCAGAGAAAGUAUGUGUAUGUUGGGGUGGGGUGGGGUAUAAAUUAUGAUUGAUCAAUGUCUACUUGUUAAAGCCAACUUUUUCUAGCAGUGCUUAAAGUGCUCAAAGGUAUGAAAUGGAAAAUUAUUGCCCAGACUUUUAAAAUAUUUUAUACUGUUGCAACAUUUAAUGAAUUUCAAACAAAGGCUUCUUUUCUAUAAGUUAAAGUUAACACCUUAAAUAAAAGAUAAAUCUAAUUGUGGACUUAUUAAUGCCAGGAAAUAUUCCAAACACUUUACAUGUGUUAUUUCUUUCAGUCCUCACAACAACCCUAUUAAAUAGGUACUAUUAUAAGACACUGUGAAUUAGAGAGAAGUAUUCUAAAGUAAUCCCAGUAUCAGGAACUUGAAAUAACAUCAGGCAAGUAUGCUUUUCAUCCAGAAGUACUGAGGAGCUCAUUUAUUGCUCCUCUAGUUGCCUUGUGCCUUCACAUGUCUUGGCAGUUCUUCUCAAGAGACUCCUAUUUGGUGAAACAUCUUGCAAUUACUGUGUGAUUUAAGAGUGAAUUCAAAUAGGUUACCAAUUUCCUAUAACAUUAAUAAUUCAUUUUGGAAAAUAACCUCUCCUUUUUGGCAACUAUUUCCUAUCUUCUGUUCCACAUCCUGUAGAUGGAUGGCUAAGGAGAUACCAGGAAAUGAAAUUGUAGAAUUCCCAGACUGCUGAGAUAACAGGAUGCUCCACUGCACUUACCAGGAAAAUAGUGUAACUAUUUAGCUUAAGCUUUAACUUUACCUAGAAGUAUUAUACUAAAGGGUUGGUGAAUUUACAUUAUUUCUUGACUUAAGAGGGCUCUUUGUAAACUUGUAUAUAAUAAUACCAAGAAUCAAAAGAUAAGGUAUUGGGGGGAGGGGGAAAUCAUCUUCCUGAAUAUUCAUUCACUAUGGUUACAGAGUUUCAGUGCUCAAAGAACAACAAAAAUGAUUCAACCCUUCAAAAGCAUUAUUUCCUGUUACUUAAUAACAGAAACGAUUUUAUUUUUAUUAAAUUUUCCUGAUUGGUUUAACUCUGAGUAAUAUACCGUAUUUGGAUGCAAAUCUUUUUUCAGGGAACAAUUUUCAGCUUAUUUGUACAAUUUAAUGUUUCACAAUGCAUUGAUUGAAAAGCCAUUUGGUUGUAGCUUUCUUGCAAAAACGAAAUAAUCACCAGUCAUUCUAUUAGAUACUACAUGUUUAGAGGUAGAAUACCACUAGUUUAAGUAGUAUUGGCUUAUUGCCAGCAUUAAUAAUCCAUUCCAUUCCAAUUAAUGCAUAGUAAGUUAGGAUAUAGAUAUCAGUAGUUGAUGUGUAAACAUAGAAAUAUAUACCUCUUUCAACUUAGUUUUAACUAAGUUGUUUUUUGUAACUUUUGUGUAGUAGUUUUUUACAAUUUCAAAUUUCUUAAUCUUAGCUUUCCUAUGAUAUUCUGCAUAUAUCCAUAUUUUGAAAAUUUUUAUUGAAAAUACUAUCAUGGUGACUUGAUACAGAAUUUUUUAAAAGUGUAGUUUUCAAUUUCUGUGUAUCUUACUAAUAUUGGGUUUGGCAUUUAGAUGAUUCUUUUAAAGUUUCCAUGAGGAAAUUAAAUUUUUUUCAAGGUUAUAUUUAUUUUUUUAAAAGCCAAGGCAUAAACUUUAAAAUUUCCUACCUAAGACUGCAUCAUGUCUAGAAUAAUAAAGUGAUAUUACUUUUUUUGUAGGAGAUGGCAGAUAGGUACUUCGGACCUGUUGGUAAUGAUGGCCUGAGCUAAACACCUCCUAAUUUGAAGGGACACCCUUCCAUGUCAAAGCGCAGAAUGCUGAGGAAGCUAUGGCAAGUAUGUGCUCCGUUGUUUUGGUGAUUGGAGUUGUGCUUCAAAAAUUUCAGCAGUUCAACAGUAUUUUAUGUGCCAACAAUAAGCUCUUUACUUGAUUGCACCAUGAAAAAGCUGCUAAUGAGACUUGUUGAGCAUAGAAAUGGACCUGAAGACCCAAAAGCCAUUGUUUUCAAAUGAAGAAUACUGAACAGUUUUAAGCCUCAAUGCUUUUUAGUCACCACUGAGAUUUCCCCUAUAACAUCAGAAUGGCAAGCAGGCGAAAAUCAACAACACCCUGCAUGGUCCUUGCCAGUGAACAGGAUCCAGACCUCGAGUUGAUAUCAGAUUUGGAUGAAGGGCCUCCUGUACUGACGCCUGUAGAACACACCAGAGCAGAGAGCAUCUCAAGUGAUGAAGAAGUUCAUGAAUCUGUGGAUUCUGACAAUCAGCAAAAUAAAAAAGUUGAAGGUGGCUAUGAAUGUAAAUAUUGUACUUUUCAAACUCCUGACCUAAAUAUGUUUACUUUUCAUGUGGAUUCAGAACAUCCCAACGUAGUGCUAAAUUCCUCCUAUGUUUGUGUCGAAUGUAAUUUUCUUACCAAAAGGUAUGAUGCACUUUCUGAGCAUAAUCUGAAGUACCACCCGGGAGAAGAGAAUUUUAGGUUGACUAUGGUGAAACGAAAUAACCAGACAAUCUUUGAACAAACCAUAAACGAUCUGACUUUUGAUGGUAGUUUUGUUAAAGAGGAGCACGCAGAGCCAGCUGACUCUACAGAAGCUGCUUCUUCAGGAAUACCUAUCAGUAAAACUCCCAUCAUGAAAAUGAUGAAAAGUAAAGUGGAGAACAAACGGAUUACAGUUCAUCAUAACUCAGUGGAGGAUGUUCCUGAAGAGAAAGAGAAGGAGAUCAAACCAGACCGUGAAGAAAGCGGGGAAAGUUCUAGUUCUUCGGCUCCUGAAACUAAUACCAGUACUUCCAUUGUCAACAGAGUACACCCAAAUGCUGCCAGCACAGUAGUGACCCCAGCAGCAGUUCUCCCCGGAUUAGCACAGGUGAUAACCGCUGUGUCAGCUCAGCAGAAUUCCAAUUUGAUUCCCAAAGUCUUAAUUCCUGUUAACAGCAUUCCCACCUACAAUGUCGCAUUGGAUAACAACCCUCUUUUGCUUAACACCUACAACAAAUUCCCUUAUCCAACGAUGUCAGAAAUUACUGUUCUUUCUACUCAAGCAAAAUACACAGAGGAACAGAUCAAGAUAUGGUUUUCAGCCCAACGUCUAAAACAUGGUGUGAGCUGGACUCCCGAGGAAGUAGAGGAGGCGAGAAGAAAGCAAUUCAACGGAACAGUACACACUGUACCUCAGACCAUAACUGUUAUUCCGACACACAUUUCCACAGGGAGUAAUGGCUUACCAUCCAUUUUACAGACAUGCCAAAUAGUUGGUCAGCCAGGCCUGGUCCUCACACAAGUAGCUGGAGCAAACACCUUGCCGGUAACAGCACCGAUAGCCUUGACAGUGGCAGGGGUGCCAAAUCAAAGCAGUGUACAGAAAAGUCAGGCUCCUGCUGCUCCUGCUGCUCCGCCUACUGCGGAAACAAAACCAGCAGCAGCAGCAGUCCCAGCUCCUCAGCUUGUCAAACAUGAAACUGCACCGGCAAACCCUGAUUCAUUUGGCAUUCGGGCAAAAAAGACUAAAGAGCAACUGGCAGAAUUAAAAGUCAGCUACCUUAAAAAUCAGUUUCCCCAUGACUCAGAAAUUAUCAGACUUAUGAAAAUCACAGGUCUGACAAAAGGAGAGAUUAAAAAAUGGUUUAGCGACACAAGGUACAACCAGAGAAAUUCAAAGAGUAAUCAGUGCUUACAUCUCAACAAUGAUUCUUCCACCACCAUUAUUAUAGACUCCAGUGAUGAAACCACCGAGUCACCAACUGCCGUUACUUCACAACAUAAGCAGUCCUGGAAUCCUUUCCCCGACUUUACUCCCCAGAAGUUUAAAGAGAAGACAGCAGAGCAGCUCCAGGCCCUUCAAGCAAGCUUUCUCAACAGCUCUGUACUGACAGAUGAAGAAUUAAAUAGGUUGAGAGCACAAACCAAACUGACCAGGAGGGAAAUUGAUGCUUGGUUUACAGAGAAGAAGAAAUUGAAAGCUUUAAAGGAAGAGAAAAUGGAAACAGAUGAAACUAAUGCAGGUAGUUCCAAAGAAGAAGCGGGAGAAGCUUCUCCCGGAGAUGAAUCUGGUGCACCUAAGUCAGGGAGCACAGGCAAGAUAUGUAAAAAAACACCUGAGCAGUUGCACAUGCUCAAAAGUGCAUUUGUCCGAACGCAGUGGCCGUCACCAGAAGAGUAUGACAAGUUGGCCAAAGAAAGUGGGCUUGCUAGACCAGACAUAGUUAGUUGGUUUGGGGACACCCGUUAUGCUUGGAAAAAUGGAAACUUAAAAUGGUACUACUACUAUCAAAGCGCCAGUUCCAGUAGCAUGAAUGGUCUGUCUACCCUUAGGAGAAGGGGGAGAGGGAGACCCAAAGGAAGGGGAAGAGGGAGGCCGCGUGGGCGGCCUAGGGGAGGCAAGAGAAUGAACAACUGGGACCGGGGGCCGUCACUCAUAAAAUUUAAAACUGGAACUGCGAUACUUAAGGAUUAUUACCUGAAGCACAAAUUUCUUAAUGAGCAAGACCUUGACGAACUUGUUAACAAAUCACAUAUGGGCUAUGAACAGGUCAGAGAGUGGUUUGCCGAAAGACAGAGGAGAUCAGAGUUAGGUAUAGAAUUAUUUGAGGAAAAUGAGGAAGAAGAUGAAGUUAUGGAUGAUCAGGAAGAGGAGGAAGAAGAAACAGAUGAUAGUGACACUUGGGAGCCCCCCCAACAUGUGAAGCGGAAGCUUUCUAAAUCAGAUGACUGAAAUCUGCCUAAAAUGUUGGAGGAGAAUCAGUUCUUCAACUCAAGCUGUCUGAUUUACUGUGAAUGGGCCCAAUCUUUAAUGACACUGAAACCCUUUGGGAACAUAUACAUUCUCAAAAAAUAGGAUCCAGUACCCAAAAGAAAUGGAACUUAAUGUUGUGCCAAAGUUAAACUACUGCAGCUGGUGAAAGUUCUGCAAUGUAAAUAGAACACUAAUUAAAAAACAACUUGUAAAAAUUCAAAUUUUAAUACAUUUUUAUUCUGCUAUGAUGGAGACAUUCUGAUUCUUAGACUUUUAGAGGGGGUUUAGUGACCACUAGAGCUUGUCCUCACCUUUUGUCCAGAAUAAUACUGUAUGUCUAGUGAGAUGGGCCUUAUUGUCUGUAUCCUUUGAUAUGUUAUUAAGCUUAUAGCUUUGAGUGACCAGACAUUUCUCAGAGGAAAAAUCGUUGGAAACAGGAAAAAGAAAAACCUGAUUUAUUUCUGCCUUAUUUAUCAGGCCCUGCACGAAGAUUUAAAGUUAUGCAUGGGCUUAUACAUUUUCAGUGUAAGUGAAAAUACGGCCUUUUGACACAUGUUGAUUUUGUGGUAUCAUUGGCACUUAAUAAUUGGAUCUUUCAUGGAUACCACUGUUACUAUUUGUAAUGCUUCUGUUACUUUUUUUCAUUCAAAGCUGAAUUUGCUUUUUAUUAAACUGAAGAUAACACUGAAGAAGGAAAAGAAACUGGCAUACAAUUUUGGAUAGGGUGGAACUCUGAAAUAAAUCCUACUGUACCAAUCCUAUGGAAAUCAGAAAUGUUUGUGUAGGUGUCAGAUCAGAAUUUUCAAGAAUUAUCUUUCAGUGAAAUUCUACUUCGUGUAACAAUUUCAGUGAAUAGAGAAAAAAUUCUGAACUGAUCAUAAUGAGUUAAAAGUUAGCUUUUCAGGAGACUGAAAGUUCCUACUAACUUAUAAACUUUGUAAAGAACGGUGCUGUUCACUCA